CCGGAGCCGAGCGCGGUGGCAGGACGAGCCGGAGCGAGACCUCCGGGCCCCAGGACUCUCCGGUGUUCCACCCGAACGGAGGCACGGGCGCGAGGAUGCCGGUGGCCCAAGCGCCCUUCCCAGACGGAGGAGCCUGUCCUCAGCACCCUCGCUGGGGUCUGCCGGGUCCUCACUGAAGCCUGAGCCGCAGUCUUUGUUUCCUGGGACAUGGGCGUGCCUAGGGCGCCCUCUGCUGGGUUCUGGAGCUAACCCACCGUGAGUUCCAAGUGAUGGCGACGGUCCCGCCUCCGCACCCCGGACCCACCCCCUGGAACGAGGUCCUGCGCACACACUACAACUACGUGGGCAAGCUGGAGGGCAGGCUGAGGGACGCGCCCGAGGGCGGCACCCUCACCACCGUGCUGUUCUUAAUCGUCUGCAGCUUCAUCGUCCUGGAGAACCUGAUGGUCUUCAUUGCCAUCUGGAAAAACAAUAAAUUUCACAACCGCAUGUACUUUUUCAUCGGCAACCUGGCCCUCUGCGACCUGCUGGCCGGCGUCGCUUACACAGUCAACAUUCUGAUGUCAGGCAAGAAGACGCUGAGCCUGUCUCUGACGGUCUGGUUCCUACGGGAAGGCAGCAUGUUUGUGGCCCUCGGGGCGUCCACCUGUAGCUUGCUGGCCAUCGCUAUCGAGCGGCACCUGACCAUGAUCAAAAUGAGGCCGUACGACGCCAACAAGAAAUACCGAGUCUUCCUCCUGAUCGGGAUGUGCUGGCUCAUCGCGUUCUCGCUGGGCGCCUUACCCAUCCUGGGCUGGAACUGCCUUCGCAACCUCCCCGAAUGCUCCACCAUCCUGCCCCUCUAUUCCAAGAGGUACAUCGCGUUCUGCAUCAGCGUCUUCAUGGCCAUCCUGGUGACCAUCGUGAUCCUGUACGCACGCAUCUACUUCCUGGUGAAGUCCAGCAGCCGCAGGGUGGCCAGCCCCCACAACUCGGAGCGGUCCAUGGCCCUGCUGCGGACUGUGGUGAUCGUGGUGAGCGUAUUCAUCGCCUGCUGGUCCCCGCUGUUCAUCCUCUUCCUCAUCGAUGUAGCCUGCAAGGUGAAGGAGUGCGCUGUGCUGUUCAAGGCCCAGUGGUUCAUUGCGCUGGCGGUGCUCAACUCGGCCAUGAACCCUGUCAUCUACACGCUGGCCAGCAAGGAGAUGCGCCGAGCCUUCUUCCGGCUGGUCUGCACCUGCCUGGUCCGGGGCCGGGGCACCAGCUCCUCGCCCGUCCAGCCCGCUCUCGAUCCCAGCAGGAGCAAAUCCAGUGGCAGCAACAACAGCAGCCCGUCCUCCAAGAGCAAGGAAGACCCUCCCCAACUGGCUGCCCCGCCCUGCAUAACCGACAAAAAUAAAACCCUGCCGAAUGGGAUCCUCUGCAAGUGAGGGCGCUGGCCUCGAGGAACGGGGACCCUGCCACGGCCACGGGAGGAGUGGCCCCCUGCCCUGCGGCUGCCAUCUUAUUUAUUGCACACCUCACCCGUGGCGGCUCAGGAAAUCUCUUUUGCCAACAGCCUGCCUGGUGUGGACGUCUCUUAAGGAGGGGACCCAAGGAACUGCCGAGUCAUUUCAGUGUAGACAGCAUGCAUGUUUCGACUUGUUCCAGAGUCUUCCGAAUGUAGCGAGCUGCUGUCGUCGUGGUUGCCUUCCCCGGAAUCCCACCGGCUGCCCUCUGUUGCUCCCAGAGAGGGGAGGUCGUGGGCACACAGUGUACAAUGUUUCCCAGAACAGCAGGGUGAUGUUUAGUGACUUUACACGACACGGACUGUGCACAGAAGGGCUGCUGUGCAUUAUCAUGCCUGUGCUCGCAGCACUUGUGUUUCAAAGGUCUGCCGUCGGUGCACAUAUAAGCUGUGCAGGCGGCACAGUCAUGUAACAGAUGGUGCAGCUGUGUUCCGCCUGGACCACCAGGCGCACAGAGACGGCUGGGAGCUGAGUGGACAUGCCGUCCCAGUCUCCUCAGAUGGACAUGAAGUCCCAGGUUAGGCAUGCUUUGAACACCCAAAUUCCCAAAAAGGCCUUGUCCAGGGCUAGCCCCGGAUGUGUGGGAAUCACCGAAAACAGUCCUGAGACGUGCCUGCCCCUGAGCAAGUCAGUGUCUGAAGGACCCUGGGGAGAACCAGUGAGGUCUGUGGGUGCGGGUCUCCUGAGGGGCCCCCGCUCCUCUCCCACCUUGUGUCCCUGUGCAGUUUUAAGCACAUCUAAAAGCCAAAUUAGCCAAAUUAUGUGAUUGUUUAGGGGUUUCUCCAAAUCACAGAAAAGCCUCCCAAGGUCUUCCGGGAGCUGCGCCCGAGACCAACGGAGAACCUGCCCAGGAGAGCAGAGGACGACCCGGCCGGUGCGUCUUUCCGUGUCACGGAAGCAGUGGUCCGUGUAAUGGAAGGUCUCUGUUGAAUUAGGAGAAUUUCCCGGCCAGCACUUUGAUCCUGCGUUGAGUUUGAUUCCGUAUCAGAAAAGCAGCACGUCUAUAAGCCCCGUGUUGUCACAGCCGACGAGCUGGGCCGUCA